AUGUCUGGAUACAAGAACGAACCCAUUGCCAUCAUUGGCAGCUCUUGCCGCUUCGCCGGCCCCGCUACUUCUCCUUCUAAACUCUGGGAGCUACUCAAAGAGCCCAGGGAUGUCUUGAGUAAAAUUGAUCGCUUCGAUGCGGACCACUUCUACCAUCCCGAUGGACAUCACCACGGUACCAGCAACGUCAGGCACGCAUACAUGCUUGAGCAAGAUGCCAAAGCAUUUGACGCUUCCUUCUUCAGCAUCCAAGCUGGCGAAGCCGAAUCUAUCGAUCCUCAACAGCGUCUUAUGCUCGAGACAAUCUAUGAGGGUCUGGAAUCUGCUGGACUUACCCUCGAUGGUCUACAAGGCUCAGACACUGCUAUGUUCUCGGCUGUCAUGUGUGAGGAUGCUUCUGGUAUCGCGUUCCAUGACAACGAGUCGAUUCCCAAGUAUGCUGCUACUGGAACAGCCCGCUCUAUGCUGGCCAACCGCAUGUCAUACUUCUUCAACUGGAAUGGUCCUUCCAUGACCAUCGAUACCGCCUGCUCGUCAUCUUUGGUUGCUGUCCAUCAAGCCGUUCUCUCCUUGAGAGCCGGUGAGUCUCGCAUCGCAGUCGCAGCUGGUACCAACAUCAUCCUCAGUCCUCGCAAUUUCAUCGCGGAGAGCAAUCUCAACAUGCUUUCGCCUGACGGCAGAUCUCGCAUGUGGGAUGCUAAUGCUAAUGGAUACGCAAGAGGAGAAGGUGUUGCUUCUGUUAUUUUGAAGACUCUGAGUCAGGCUCUUGCAGAUGGCGACACUAUCGAGUGCAUCAUUCGCGAAACUGGAGUCAAUCAAGAUGGCCGCACACCUGGUAUUACUAUGCCUAGUUCCAACGCGCAAUGUGAUCUUAUUCGCUCGACUUACCGUAAGGCUGGCCUUGAUCUCACCAAGAGCUCCGAUCGACCUCAGUUCUUCGAAGCUCACGGCACAGGCACCAAGGCUGGAGAUCCUCAGGAGGCCAGAGCUAUCUACAAUGCUUUCUUCGCAGACACUGGCAUCACCGACGAGAUUCUCAACGUCGGAUCAAUCAAGACUGUGGUCGGUCACACUGAGGGUACCGCUGGAAUCGCGGGCUUACUGAAGGCUUCGCUUGCGAUCCAGAACCAGAUCAUUCCUCCCAACAUGCUCUUUGAGACUUUGAACCCCGACUUGAAGACUUACGCUCAGAACCUGAAGGUACCAACCAAGGCAAUGAGCUGGCCAGAGCUACCAGCUGGCACACCUCGAAGAGCUAGUGUCAACAGCUUCGGCUUCGGUGGUACCAAUGCUCAUGCUAUCAUUGAGGCGUACGAGCCAGCCGAGAGCCAGACAUUUGGCGCGGUCGCAAUCCCUAUUACGCUUUCGGCCNNCCCCUCAGAAAAGGCACUUGCAAUGCAGCUUAGCACUAUGGUAGACUUCUUGCGCGACAACAACGACGUCGAUCUUUCGCAGAUGGCAUCGACAUUGGCGCAGCGUUCUACCUUGACCAUCAGAACAGCCGUCUCCGCACUGACCAGCGACUCGCUUGCUGAGCAACUUGAAGCCAAGCUAGAAGCAAGAAAGACCAACAACACGCCACUCGGCAACAGAGCUGCGAGAGACUCGCAGAACAUCCUCGGUAUCUUCACAGGCCAAGGCGCUCAGUGGGCUGCCAUGGGUCGCGACUUAAUCCUGUCCUCAUCCUUUGUGGAGAACAUCGUCGACGAACUUGAGCAGUCUCUCGCCCAGCUGCCUGAAUCAAGCCGCCCUACAUGGUCGCUCAAGCGUGAGAUGAUGGCCCUAGGCAAGGAGUCACGUAUUGGCGAGGGUCUGAUGUCGCAGCCUCUCUGCACUGCGGUUCAGGUGAUACUGGUGAACCUUCUCACCCGAGCUGGUAUCUCCUUCAACGCAGUCGUCGGUCACUCGAGUGGUGAAAUUGGUGCUGCAUAUGCUGCAGGUUUCAUCUCUGCUCACGAUGCCAUCCGCAUUGCUUACUACAGAGGUUUCUAUGCCAAAUUUGCCAGAGGCCCCAAUGGUGAAAAGGGAUCCAUGCUUGCUGUUGGAACAUCAAUGGACGACGCCGAGGAGCUUUGCGCGCUACCUAGCCUAGAAGGUCGCAUCCAAAUCGCCGCGUCCAAUUCAUCCUCCAGUCUGACUCUCUCGGGAGAUGAGGAUGCGGUGGCGGAGGCUCUCGAGAUUCUUAAGGAUGAAAACAAGUUUGCCAGGCAGCUCAAGGUUGACACUGCAUACCACUCCCACCACAUGAUUCCUUGCUCCGACAAGUAUCUCGAGUCUUUGACGGAUUGCAAUGUCCAGAUUCUGACCCCACCUGAGAAUGCUCCUCGUUGGUUCUCAAGCGUCUACGGUGAUGAUCAGAUGACUGAAGACAACGAAGACUUGACCGGACGCUAUUGGGCCGAGAACAUGCUGCAGCCUGUCUUGUUCUCACAGGCUUUGACUGCCGCUUUGGAUGAGGCUGGCACUCCGGGCUUUGCCAUGGAAGUCGGCCCUCACCCAGCACUCAAAGGUCCUGCCAGCGCUACCAUUGAAGAAGUCGUCGGCAAUACCAUUCCUUACACUGGUACCUUGUCACGCAACGACAACGACGUUGAAGCGCUCGCUGGGACUCUUGGCUUCGUUUGGACAUACCUUGGUCCCUCGACACCCAAUUUCAAAGCGUACAAUGCUUUGUUCGGCAACGACGGUCAGAAAAUCAUGAAGAACUUGCCUCAGUACACUUGGGAUCACGAUCGUACUUACUGGUACGAAUCUCGCAUCUCUAGGCUCUUCCGUGCUCAACGCCCUCAAGCCACUCAUGAGAUCCUGGGUAUUCGCAUGGAUUCUGAGCUUGAGGGAGAGUACCGCUGGCAUAACUUCCUCAAGCCAAGUGAAAUCUCAUGGCUACGUGGCCACACUGUACAAGGUCAAGUUCUCUUCCCAGCUGCUGGAUUUGUUGCUCUGGCUGUCGAAGGAUCUAAGACAAUCACGGCCGAUGAGCCAGUCUCUCUGAUUGAACUACACGACUUCAGUAUUCAUAAUGCCUUGGCAAUUGCUGACGAGACUACUGGUGCUGAGAUCAUCUCGUCGAUUAAAAGCAUUGUCAGAGAGGACAACAUCAUUACAGCUCAAUUCAGCUGUGAUGCAUGCACCAACAAGGAUACUGGAAGCAUGGCUAGCAUGUCUAGUGGCAAACUGGUCAUCAGAAUUGGCGAGCAGUCUCAGUCAGCUCUUCCCAUCAGACCAACUCCUGAACAUGAGCUGCGAAAGGUCAAUGUUGAAAACCAAUAUGCCAGCUUCCAGGAUAUUGGUUACAACUACAAUGGCAUCUUCAAGGCCAUAACCUCGCUCAAGAGAACCACUAACUUGGCCAUGGGCAAGAUCCUUGUACCUGAAGACACUGAGGGCUCAGAUGCCUCAUUCACUGUUCACCCUGCUGUUCUCGAUGUCGGCCUGCAAGUCACUCUGUGCGCCAUCGGUGCACCUUUCGAUAGCCGUCUGUGGACCCUGCAUGUCCCCACUGUGAUCAGAAGAAUCAAGAUCAACCCGAUGGCAUGUCCUGCUGAGGGUGGCCGGGGCUCGGAAGUUCUUGCCAACUCGGUGCUUGCAAAACAGGAACCUGGCGAUCACGGCUUCACCGGAGACCUUUCAAUCUAUGAUCCCGCCGGCAGCAACUGCUUUGUUCAGCUCGAGGGUGUCAGAGUUGAGGCCCUGGCUCGUCCUAACAAGGCCAGUGACCGUCACAUGUUUGCAGAGUCUGCCUGGUCGGUUCUUGAACCUGAUGCUAUUAUUUGCUUCAAGGGUACUUCCGAGACCGAUUCUCAGAAGAGUCUGUGCAUGCUGGUCGAGCGUGCUUGCUUCUUCUACCUCAAGCAACUUUGGGAGAGUAUUACUCCCGAGGAACGCGAACAGUGUGACGCCGAUCGUGUGGCUAUCCUCAACUGGGCCGAGCACCUCGUCUCAACCACAGCCGCAGGCUCGCAUCCACACCUGCAAUCUGAUUGGGUGAAAGACGCAGAGGCGUCACUCAAACCUCAGCUCUUGACAGCUGCCGAGACCUACGAUGAUAUGCGCAAAGUUAUGUUCGCUGGCGAAAUGCUCAUCCCAUUCGUUCGCAACCAAGUCAACAUGCUUGAGGAGUUCAAGAACCACAACCUUCUGGACUGGUUCUACAAGUCGUCCACUGAGAUUGCCGACUAUAACGCUUGCAUGGGUGCUGUUGUCAGGCAGCUCACUCACCGUUUCNNCCCCUACAUGAAGAUACUGGAGAUUGGUGCUGGGACCGGCAGUGCAACUCAGAGCAUCAUCAAGGAGAUCGGUCAGAGCUAUUCGUCUUACACCUACACGGAUAUCUCUGCUGGCUUCCUCCACGAUGCCGCUGAGCUUUUCAAGGAUCAUGGUAACGGCUUCAGCUACAAAGUCCUCGAUAUUGAGCAAGACGUUGUUGAGCAAGGCUACACCGAGGGUGCAUAUGAUUGUGUUAUUGCUAGCAACGUCCUCCACGCAACAAAGUCGCUUGACCAAACCCUGAGCAACGCUCGCAAGCUGCUGAAGCCUGGCGGCUACCUCGUCAUGCUCGAGAUUACUCAGGUUGAUUGGCUUCGUACUGGUCUCUUCUUCUCUUGCAUUCCUGGCUGGUGGGCCGGUGUAGAGGACGGCCGUCCCUACACCCCGCUAGCUACUGAGGCUCAGUGGGACUCUGUCUUCCGUCGUACUGGUUUCUCAGGAAUUGACACUGCCACUCCAUCGGUCAAAACCAUCAUGGGACCUUACUCGGUGAUGAUCACUCAAGCUCUUGACACUCGUAUGGAGAUUAUGAGAGCCCCCCUUACCUUGGCUCCCGAGAAACAGCUUUGCGAGAAGCUACUCAUUGUUGGAGGCGAGAAGGACUCAACUCUGCGAAUCGCUCAAGAUGUGCAGACACUUCUCCAGCCAUACUAUGGCUCCGUUUCGAUCAUCCCCAGAUUGCAAGACGUUGUUCAGCAUAACUUCUCUGCAAAGGAUGCCCUUCUAUCCCUGACUGAGCUUGAUGAACCUCUCUUCAAGUCUUUCAACGAGGAGAAGUACAAGGCUAUGCAGUAUGUGCUCGAUGAAGCCCGCAACGUGCUCUGGACUGUGCAAGGCUCCAGAACCCAGAACCCCUAUGCCAGAAUGAUGAUGGCCGUGGCUCGAUGCUUGGCUGGUGAGCGUAGAGAUGCUCUGUACAUGCAGACCAUCGACUCGAACGUUGAGGAGCUGCCUCAGCCUCGCCUGCUCGCCGAGACAAUGGUGAGAAUGCAUAUCGCUGAGCAGUGGAGGAACACAGGCUACGAGCCGCUCUGGAGUCUCGAGCGUGAGAUUCAUGUCAACAAUGGCGUCCUUGAGGUUGAGCGCUUUGUCCCGAGCGCGGAGCUCGACGACCGUUACAACUCUGACAAGCGUGAGAUCAAGAAGCCUAUGCAGAUUGACUCUACAAUCGUCGCAGUCAGCCAAGCCAAAUCUGCCUACCAGCUCAAGGAGGUUUUCAACAUGCCAUUCCAAAACGAAGCUGUCAAAGCUUCCGAGAUGGUGACCAUCAACGUCCGCAAAUCUUUCAUCAGUGCCGUCAGGGUCAAGUCUGUUGGGUCCCUGUUCAUUGUCAGCGGAACAAACACCAAGACUGGACAGAAGCUGUUGGCCUUCUCGCAGACUCUGCAGUCCUCAGUCUCUGUACCCAAAGACUGGAUUGUUCAAUGUGAUGUCGCUGAUGAGUUUGAGAGCAGUGUCGUCAUGGCCGCUGCUACUUACAGUGCAGCUGAUGCAAUCAUUGGUAAGACCAGCCACAGAAGUUCCUGCUUGGUUCACGAGGCCACUCCAGCCCUUGCAAGAACUUUGCUCAAGGUCGCUGCUGAGAAGAAGGUCCCAAUGGCUCUCACAUCAUCGAAGUCAUCAAAUAGCAUUUACCACUAUGUUCACCCUUCAACUUCUCAGGCAAUGAUUGCUUCGCACAUCCCUCAGAGUGUGUCGAUCUAUGCCGACCUUUCGGGCAGCUGUGUCGAACAUGACGCUAUUGGCGAUCGUAUUGCACGCGAGCUCCCUGCUGCUUGUAAGCGCAGAGAUAUCUCAGCUGUUUUCAACAAUGAUGGAUUUGUUGAUUCGGAGCACGAUAUCGCAAAGAUACUCCGCAAGCACUACGUUCGCGCAAUCGCUGAUCUUGGAUCAUUCCAAACCCCUGAGACUAUUUCUCUGGCAAGCCUGCCCGACUCACCUGUCCUACCUGCUAGCCUCCGCAUCAUUGACUGGACUGCCGAGGCUUCGGUUCCUGUCUCGACUUCUUUGGUCAACGAGCAGCUUCGUUUCCGUCCCGAUGGUACCUACUGGAUGGUUGGUGCAACUGGUGAACUUGGCUUGUCUACUUGUCAGUGGAUGGUCAACCGUGGCGCCAGAUACUUUGCACUUACCAGCAGAAGCCCCAAGGUCGAGCAGGCCUGGUUAGACAGUAUGGCUGCCCAAGGCGUGACAGUCAAGAUCCUUGCCAUGGAUGUCACUAGCAGAGACUCGGUCCGCGCUGGCUACAAGGAAAUCUGCGACAGUAUGCCUCGCAUUGCAGGCGUUACCAAUGCCGCCAUGGUCCUUGACGACAAUCUGCUAGCCAACAUGCCCUACGAGUCCUUCGCAAAGACACUGAAGCCCAAGGUCGAUGGCACAAUCUUCCUUGACGAACUCUUCUCCGAAAACACCCUCGAUUUCUUCAUCGUAUACUCUUCUCUUGCUUACAUUGCUGGCAACCAUGGCCAGGCCCCCUAUGCAGCAGCAAACGGCUUUAUGACAGCACUUGCAGCUAACCGCAGAGACAGAGGACUUGCAGGCAGCGCCAUGAGCUUCGGUGCUAUUUCUGGAGUCGGCUACGUCGAACGCCGCAGCGUCGACAUAAACCUCAGCCAGAAGAUGAGCAACUUGGGCUAUGCUCCCGUAUCUGAGUGGGACUACCACCAAUUCUUCGCCGAGGCUGUGCUUGCCUCUCCUUCUGACUCUGGCAGAAACUUUGAGAUUUCAAGUGGUUGCAAGGUCUUCGACGUAGCCAAGGAGCCUAACUUGCCUUACUGGCUCGACUUGCCCAAGUUUGCCUACUACCGCCGCGUCAAGGCCGACGCCUUUGCUGAGCAGAGCGACAAGCGUCAGGUCUCUGUGCGUGCACAGCUCAAAGAGCAGACUACCGAGGAAGGUGUGCAGAAGGUUCUCCUCGACCGCUUCAUCACUGGACUGUGCACUAUGCUGCACAUCAGUGAAGACGAAAGCAGAGUCACUCCUGAGACUGGACUUACUGAACUCGGCAUCGAUUCUCUCGUUGCCGUUGAGAUAAGAUCCUGGUUCCAGAGCGAGUUGGACUUGGACAUGCCUGUGUUGAAGAUUUUGAGCGGUGCCAGUAUCGAGAAGAUGGUUGAGGAUGCAUUUGAGAGGCUUUCGCCUGAGCUGACUCCUGAAGUCAAGAGAGAAGCUAAGGUUGCCGAGGUCAAGGUGGAACAGGAGAAGGUGGCUCCUAGCGAGGAGAGCUAUCAGAGCGAGACACUGGUGUCUUCAGUAGAUGUGUCUGACAACUCGAGCAGUGAUGGAGAGGAAGGCGCAUGA